CCAGCAUCCAUACCUGGCAGGUACACAUCUGUGGAUGUCACAGUAUCCGUGACACCUGGGUGCUGCAUGGAUGCCGGGUAUGGCUCUGCAUGUGACAGGUACCUGUCACAGGUACCCGCACAGCCACUGGAAUACUCUCUCCUCCCACCACCUUGCCCUCUCACGGAUCUUCCUGGUGCCCAGACAUGGUUCAUCUCCACCCACAUCAAAUCUCCACCUCAUAAGCUCAGAUCAAUAUCUUGUGGCAAUGAUUUUUCCAUGAUUUUUCACCCGUUUUUCUCGCGUCUAGAAGCGUUCGAAAUCCCCAGUUCAUGGCUUCAAACCGACCCCUUAUUCGCUAAAAUUGGCCACUUCGUUGCAGAGUUAUGGCAGGAUCUUUGUUUUGGCAGGGGAUGGAGAGCAUAUUCAAGAUAUCUUGGGUUCGGAUGGGUGCUUCCCUACAUGCUUGUGUCCAUUAUCUGUUACCAUCUCAUGUUCAGUCCAUAUCUUUUUCGCUUUUUGAUCGUUUCCCUUCGUUCUUAGGGCGUUCGAAAGCCCUCGUCAAUGCCUUUUAGACGACCCUAGCACGACCCCAUGGCAUUUCUCCCUGCUCCGGCAGUGUCACCAUCACUAUAGAUUAGUUACUUAGAUGUUAGUUACAUGUAUAGUGUACUUUAUUGUACUUUAUUGAGUAAGAAUUGUGUGGGUAUUAUGCAGGUACCUGUAUAUACCCGGGUGAGUGCGGGUACCUGCCACGGAUGCAGGUACCCGUGGUGCGGGCCGGGUCAUCCGUGCCACGGAUGUUGGCACGGAUGGUGGGUAGGGCAUUUGAGCCACGGGUACCCGUGGUCACGGAUGCGGAUGUACCCGGG